UGUCUCCUACCACAUAGAUCAGGGCGCAUCUCAAAGACAGGUGUGGGUGGGAGACUGCUAGCUCCACGCAGCAGGGACACCUGGAGCAUCAUCAUGCCUUGGCAGAAGAUAGGGUCCUGUGCCACACCACGUGUGUUGUACCCUGGACAGGUCCCCGUGGAGUUAGACAUGUACCAAAGCUCUUACAUGAUCGACUAUAAGCCCUACGGGAAGCACAGAUACUCCAUGGUCACACCGCAGGAGCAGGUGAAGCUUGACGCCCAACUCCGGGACCAGGAAUUUUCCAGGCCCACUCCCAGCCCCAACCCCAAGCUGUCCGAUGGAUACUCUGCCUUCAAAAGACCCCACAUGACGGCCAGAGACCUUGGACUCCCCGGAUUCUUCCCAGCCCAGGACCCUGGGACCAUGGGGGAGGACAAGAACAGGUUCACCAGCGCCUGCCCUCACACCUACCCCGCCCCCCACACUCUGUACCUGGCCCCGGGUGACCCCAAUAGGCUUCACCAGGGCACAGACUUCCCGUGCCUCCUGGAGCCUGAGCAGCAGCCUGCUGCAGAGGAGGGCACCGGCUACCUUCUCCUGCCGGGGUGCCCUUGCACCCGCCACCCCACAGUCAAGGUUCCUGUAUUGUACCGGUGGGGACCUUUGAUGCCAUUUUACCAGUAGGGAAGGAGCGAAGACCUUCCAAGAGCAGUUCCAAAGGCACUGGGAACGGUCAUACCUCCCUGUCCUGCCCCUGGGACAGAGAGAGGAAGGUUGAUAAUAAAAUCGGGAAGAUAUUCAACUGCA